AUGAAGAGUUUCGCUUCCUUUCUUACUAUCACCGGUGCACUGUUGCACUCGGUUUCGGCGCACUAUAUCUUCAGCAAACUCGUUCUGGACAAUGAAGUUUCUGAGGAUUGGCAGUACAUCCGCGAGACCACUCGGGACAAGUGCUACAUGCCCACGAAGUGGAGUUCCACUUUCGACAAUCUGACUCCUAGCGAUACCGACUUUCGUUGCAAUUUGGGCUCUUUUAGUAAUGCCGCCAAGACCGAGGUCGCUGAUGUCGCUGCUGGUGACACUAUUGGCAUGAAGCUAUUCUACGAUGGUACCAUUGCGCACCCUGGACCUGGUCAAGUCUACAUGUCUAAGGCAACUACCGGCAAUGUGAAGGAGUACGAGGGGGAUGGUGACUGGUUCAAGAUCUGGGAAACGACUAUUUGUGAGGAAAGCGGCGAUCUCACUUCGGAUGCUUGGUGUGCGUACGGAAUGUCGCAAUUCGAAUUCCAGAUUCCUGAGAAUACCCCAGCCGGCGAGUACCUCGUUCGUGCUGAACAUGUCGGUCUCCAUGGUGCGCAGAACAAUGAGGCUGAGUUCUUUUAUAGUUGCGCCCAGGUCAAAGUCUCCGGCUCCGGCAGUGGCUCUCCAAGUGUUACUUACAAGAUUCCGGGCCUCUACGAUAACAAUAUGACUUUAUUCAAUGGUCUCAACCUCUGGACGGACUCCCUGGAUACAGUCAAAUCGGACAUUGCCGACACGCCAAUUGGGGAUGAGGUCUGGAGCAGUGGCAACAGCAGAACAUCGUCCGCUUAA